AUGGACUCACCGAUAUUGUGUGCCAUCAAAUGCAAGUUCUACAACAAAACCUGCAACCAUUUCGGUUUUAAUGCUGAUCGAAGUAUUUGUUCUUUGGGCUAUUGGAAGGUGCCAGCCAACACGACUGUCAGGAACGAGCAGAUCUACUCUGUGGGCGGGAACUUUUGUGACACCAGGGCCAACGUCACGCUUCAGCCAAACGGUGACCUGACACCUUGUGACAAAUACGCAUGUGCUGGACAUGGCACUGCACUUGUACAGCACACAGAUAUUGAGACUAUACCAAUGUAUAAAUCGUGUAAAGACAUCACAGACAAGACCAGCCCGAGGAUGUUGAUCCGACUGCUCAACGGUCUGGUCGUCAUGUGUGACACGGACAGUGAUGGGGGCGGCUGGACGAUCUUCCAACGUCGUAUCACAGGAGCUCUUGAUUUUUUUCGAAAGUGGGCAGAGUACAGGGACGGGUUUGGGGACUACGAACUGGGCGAGUUUUACCUCGGUAAUGAAAACAUCCACUGCCUGACCAACGUCACAAGAUACGACAUGAGAGUGGACGUCAAAUAUAACGGGCAAAAUAACACCUUCAACUUCACCGACUUUAGUCUUGCCAACGAGUUAAAUGACUACAGAUUUCUGUCAUCAUCAGCAAGUCCGGCGAUGUACCAAGCACACUCCAAUAAGAAAUUUAGCACUUACGAUUUCAAUAGCGUUCCUUUUUAUACUUUCAACAUCCCAAAUACUUAUAGAACCGCCUGGUGGUUCUGCGAAACGAAUUGUACGGAUUAUUAUAACUUAAACCUUAACGGCGGCUGGAAUAAAACGGCACCAUACGGUGUCAUAGCGAGGUCGGUCUCUAACACAUCCAGUGUUGUGUUCACUGAGAUGAAGAUCAGAGAAGUUCAAACACCGAAUUGA